CCCGCCCCUCCCUUCCUGUUCCUCCAAUAGGCGGCGCGCCGCGGGGUGACUGGCAGGCGGCGGGACACGUCAGCAGCAGCAGCGGUGCUCGGGGAGAUGAUGAUGGGAGCCGGCGGCUGGGAGCUCGGGGUGAGGGUCACUGUCUGUGCCCUGGGCAUCGCCCUGUCUGUCUAUGCCUACCAUGUGGAGACCUCCCGGGAGAGCGACGCCGCGUACAUCGCCCUGUGCGACAUCAACCCGUCCAUCAGCUGCUCCAAGGUCUUCACCUCCCGGUGGGGGCGUGGAUUCGGGCUGGUGGAGAACGUUCUCGGGGCGCAGAGUUUACUGAAUCAGCCCAACAGCGUGUUCGGAGUCUUGUUCUACGGCCUGCAGAUAGCGCUGGGCUUCGCGGGGUCGGUAGCCGCCGCCGUCACCCUGCUGGGAACCUCUCUGCUGUCCAUCGCCGGCUCUCUCUACUUGGCCUACAUCCUCUUCUACGUGUUGGAGGAUUUCUGCGUCAUCUGCAUCACUACUUACAUCCUCAACUUCAUCCUGCUCCUGCUGAACGUCCGGCGGCUGCGGCGCCUCACAACUCAGACGCGCAAGAAGAAGAAUAAACGGAAGAAACACUAACGGAGACUUAGUGCUUACUGGGACGUUUCCUGCGUUAUAUCACCGCUGGGGCCGGGGUGGUGUUGGAAUCUCGAAGAAAGAACUGCUACACUCAGGGGUAUUACAUGUUACCGUGUUAUUUUAUUGUUACAUUUUCUAAGCAGGUCUCCAAUUCGGUUUUCUUAGAAGCAUCGUGUUGAAGUUCUAGUUUUUAGGUCAGGGGACUGUGACUUUAAAGGGAUCAUGUGACAUUGGUGCUCGGAACGUUUCACCACAAGGGGGCGCCGUUUGUGAAGGUGCUGUACUACGUGAGCUCUGGGAGAGACUGGUGCCAAGCCUCUGACUGUAGGGGUGGUCUCUCUGCAUGAGAUGAGUGGGGGUCAUUCCUUCUUUCAGGGCAUUAUACAGAAGUCUCUGAGCUUUGGGCGUGGCUCCCUGUCUCCCCGGAAUGACUACUUCGCUGUGCCUUAACGCUACGUGUCCGAGAUGUGGUCUGCACUACAGAACGGUAACACUGCACAAUGAGAGGAGUGGACAUUGUGAUUACACCGGUCCUCUGUGGUCAGGACCAGCGUUGCCAAGGUCAACACUGCCCCGUAAUCUGGUAACGGGAAUCGUCACUCAAGCAUUCCGCUACCCGUGGUAUUUUAUAAUAAAGGCAAUGUUUUUCAGUA